AUGGCAGAAGAGCUUGAGGCACUAUGGCAGAAGUUAAGGGUCAUUGAAAAGGAAGAAGAAAGUGUAAAUCUUGGAAGGGACUGCACUAAGGCAGCUAAAGAAAGAGGAAAGAAUUGCUUAGUGAUGAAGGUGCUUUCACGCAGAGGGAUUAUGCUAAACGCUCUAAGGAAGAAUUUUAGGAUGUUAUGGAAGCCAAAUAAAAGCAUGAGGAUCUCAGUGAUUGAGGAUGAGUUGUUCUUGGUUGAAUUUGACGAUGACCGGGACAGGAGGCGGGUACUCAAGAUGAGUCCGUGGCAUUAUGAAAAACAACUAGUGUUACUCCAGGAGUUUGAUGGAGAAAGAGACCCAAAGGAUAUUGUUCUCAAGUGGUCUCCCUUUUGGGUUCAAAUAUACAAUCUACCACUGAAACACAGAACAAAAGAAACAGGGAUGGUCAUUGGUGCUAGCCUGGGAGAAGUGUUGGAGGUGGACAUGGCGGACACCAGGGUACAGUGGGGAAAAUGCCUCCAGGUUCACGUUAGUCUAGAUGUCUCACGCAAGUUGAUAAGGGGAAAAAAGAUACACGGUGAUGAGGGGGUGGACCGGUGGGUACGCUUCAAAUAUGAGCGCCUACUAAAUUUUUUCUACCGUUGCGGACUUUUGGAGCAUGACUUGAAGGACUGCACGCGGAAAGAAGAGACAGAUAAAAAUGGAGAAAUGGGGGAGCUUCAGUACGGUGCAUGGAUGAGAGGGGAACCGGUGAGGAGUUCUGGAUGGGAUUCAACGUACUCGAAAAGGAAUGGCGGGGUGGGUACGCGUGGGAGUAUACCGAACGGCAAAAACCAGAUGUUGAAGGCACAGACGUCGAGAAAUGAAGAGGUGGAGACUGACAAAGAAGCGCCUGCAGUGCCGUUUCUUGGGGAAAAAGAUUUGGGAAGCAUGUCAUAG